AUGAUAUCAAAAUCAGUGCUAAUCAACAUCUUUGCAAAAGAGUCAGUGGUCAUCAAUUUAUCGUUGUUCAGCGUAGUUGACGGCCGGUUCCCUCCAUGGACUAUUAUGGCAUUGAUCUACGUGGGAAAAACUGAUGAAGAUCUCUGCAAAGCGAUUCAGAUUAUUGAAGAACUUGAGCGAAGGAUAGGAGGGUCCACUGGAGAGUUGGCCGCCUUCAAGAAGUCGCUGGACGAGAUUCGUUGCGACAUUGCUGCCACUCAAACUACAGUUCAUGAAAAGCAUUGA